AAAACAAGAGAAAGAGCGUGUGAUAAAGUGAGCCACAAGAUGGAGUAAGGAGGAAGAAGAAGGCAUUGGCUUAGUAGUAGUAAAUUAGACCGAUCAAUCAAGUUGCAGAAGCGAUGAGAGUCUGUUCUCCACGCGACUCUCAAGCUUCUUUGUUCUGCAUCACUCUGCGCCAUUGAUUUUUUUGAAUCCUCCUGCAAAGCUUUGAGUUCUGGAAAGUCUGCAUGCGAUUUCACUUCUAGUGCCAAUUCACAGCUUUGUGAAGAUCAAAACGUCAACUCUUGAGUGAUGAUGAGUGAUCCAAAAGUCAAGCGUUGGGUUGGUAAAUAUGAGGUUGGCAAAACGAUUGUACAAGCCACUUUCGCUAAACUCAGGUAUGCUAAGGAUACCGAGACGGGAGAAUCCGUUGCUCUCAAAAUGCUUGAUAAAGACAAGCUUCUCAAAACUAACAUGUCUGAACUGAUAAAGAUAGAAAUUUGUACAAUGAUGCUGAUAAACCAUCCAAAUGUAGUGCGGCUCUAUGAGGUUCUGGCGAGCAAGUCGAAAAUAUAUAUUGUCUUAGAGUUCAUCAGUGGUGGAAGGCUUUUUGACAAAAUUAAAAAUGAUGGGCGCAUGGAAGAAGAGGAAGCACGGAGUUAUUUUCAGCAGCUUAUCAACGCAGUUGAUUACUGCCAUACCAGGGGACUAUACCACAGAGACUUAAAGCCGGAAAACUUGCUUCUUGAUGCUCAAGGAAAUCUGAAAGUCUCUGGUUUUGGAUUCAGCGCCUUGUCACAACAAGUCAUGAUUCUCAGCUUAUCGGAAUUACUUGGUUUUGGGCAGGGUCAUGGUCCUGAAUGCAGAACUGCAAACUAUGCUGCUCCUGAGGUUCUUAGCCAAGGCUACGACGAGGCAACCGCAGACUUGUGGUCGUGUGGAGUGAUACUCUUUGUUCUACUUGCUGGCUACUCGCCGUUUGAGGAUUCUGAUCCCAAGACGCUAAACAAAAUGAUCUCAUCUGCUGAAUUCAGUUGUCCUCCUUGGCUUUCUUCUGGUGCUAAAAACCUAAUAGUCCGAAUGUUGGAUCCAAAACCUACAACUCGUAUCACAAUUCCAGAGAUUUUAGACGAUGCCUGGUUCAAGAAAGAUUACAAGCCAGCCGUGUCUGAAGAGAACAAAGAAGCAAAUUUGGAUGAUGUGGAAGCUGUUUUUAAAGAUUCAGAAGCUGUGACAGUGCAGUUGAGGUCAUAUCCGUGUGUGAUAUGUUCAAGCGGUACGACUUGCGGCGAUGUUCGUUCAAGGACCAAGCUGAUGAACGGUCUGAUAGAACGAGGGAGACCACAAGAGGCUCAUUCCAUCUUCAACACACUUAUCCAAGAAGGCCACAAGCCAAGCAUCAUCACAUACACCACUCUCGUAACCGCGUUGACCCGCCAAAAGCAUUUCCACUCUCUCCUCUCCCUCAUCUCCAAAGUCGAGCAAAACGGCCUCAAACCGGACACCAUUCUCUUCAACGCCAUCAUCAACGCCUCUUCCGAGUCUGGAAACCUCGACCAAGCGAUGAAGAUCUUCGAAAAAAUGAAGGAGAGUGGAUGCAAACCCACAGCGAGCACGUUCAACACUCUCAUCAAAGGAUACGGCAAAAUCGGUAAGCUGGAGGAAUCGUCAAGGCUCCUGGAGAUGAUGGUACGCGACGAAAUGCUCCAACCGAACGACAGAACAUGCAACAUACUCGUCCAGGCUUGGUGUAACCAGAGGAGGAUCGAAGAAGCAUGGAACAUUGUGUACAAAAUGCAAUCUUAUGGGGUGAAACCUGAUGUAGUCACGUUCAACACGUUGGCAAGAGCGUAUGCGCGGAUCGGUUCAACAUGCACAGCUGAGGAUAUGAUCAUACCGAGGAUGUUACACAGCAGAGUUAAACCGAACGUACGUACCUGCGGUACCAUUACGAAUGGUUACUGCGAAGAAGGGAAGAUGGAGGAAGCUUUGAGGUUUUUCUAUAGAAUGAAAGAACUUGGAGUUCAUCCAAAUCUCUUUGUUUUCAACUCUCUAAUCAAAGGCUUCCUCGCCAGCAACGACAUGGAUGGAGUUGGCGAGGUGGUGAACCUGAUGGAAGAGUUCGGAGUAAGACCUGACGUGGUUACAUUCAGCACACUAAUGAACGCGUGGAGCUCUGUGGGAGAUAUGAAAAGAUGCGAGGAGAUCUAUGGAGAUAUGUUGGAAGGAGGAAUAGACCCGGACAUUCAUGCAUUUAGCAUCCUAGCCAAAGGGUACACUCGAGCUAGAGAGCCGGAGAAGGCAGAGCAAAUCUUGAAUCAGAUGAAGAAGUUCGGUGUAAGGCCAAACGUGGUGAUCUACACGACGAUCAUAAGCGGUUGGUGCAGCGCAGGCGAGAUGAAGAAAGCGAUGCAGGUGUAUAGCAAAAUGUGUGGAACGGUUGGUCUGUCCCCAAACUUGACUACUUACGAGACUCUCAUGUGGGGGUUUGGAGAAGCGAAGCAGCCGUGGAAAGCUGAGGAGCUUCUGAAAGAUAUGGAGAAGAAGAAGGUCAUUCCCACGAGGAAAACUAUGCAACUGAUAGCUGAUGGAUGGAAAGCUAUCGGUGUUUCUAACGGUAGUGACGCCAAUACGUUAGGCUCUUCUUCUUUCUCAGCUUCUUCCUCCAAACUCAGUAUCCCUAAUCAUAUCGUCCCGGCGAGAAGUACGGUGUUCUUAAAGGGAAUGCCCGAGAAACCAAAGCUAUGCAUCAAGUCACAGUUUGGUUUGAGGCAGAAGGUUUUGGUGGUGUUGUGCAGAGACCAGAUUAGGGAAGCUGGGAGGUUUGCAAAUCUAUCAUGUAGAGUUGUUUGGCUGUAGAGAUGAAGCCAAGUUCAAGGGUGAAGAAGCAAACAAAUACAUUUUUCUGUACAAUAACAUUUUUGUUAUAUUUUUUUACUCCCUACAGAUCAAAUCCACCGUUAACUUUCUUCAACCAA